UGACAAUCGCAAAGCAAACAAUCCACAUAAAUCUCAUUCUCCUCUUUCUUCACCACACUAAAACAAAGCUAUUUAAUUUUCUUGAGAAAAUCUAAUGGAGGAUCAAGUAGAGCACAAAACAGUAGCUGUGAAUGGAAUAAACAUGCAUUUUGUUGAAAUAGGUCAAGGCCCUUUAGUCCUCUUUAUUCAUGGUUUCCCAGAGUGUUGGUACUCAUGGAGGCACCAAAUGUCAUUCAUGGCUAAACAAGGUUACCGCGCGGUGGCUCCGGAUUUACGCGGCUACGGAGACACCACGGGUGCACCUAAUGAUGAUCCUAACAAGUUCACAACCCUAGAUAUUGUUGGUGACUUAGUAGAGUUGUUGAAUAAUAUUGCACCACAAGAGGAGAAAGUGUUUGUUGUGGGACAUGAUUGGGGUGCUGUUGUUUCAUGGGCUUUGUGUUUGUAUAGACCUGAUAAAGUUAAGGCAUUUGUGUGUUUGAGUGUGGCUUUUAAUCCUAGAAACCCUUUGAACAAACCACUUGACACUUUGCGCAAGGUUUAUGGAGAUGACUAUUAUGUGGUUCGAUUCCAGGAAGCUGGGGUAAUAGAAGGUGAAUUUGAGGAGCUAGGUAUCAAGAAUGUUUUGAAGAAAUUCUUAACCUAUAGAACCCCAGGUCCACUUUACUUAAAGAAAGGCAAACCAUUUGAAGAUACUUCUUCUACUAAUGAUGAUGAAUUGCCUGCUUGGUUAUCUCAUGAAGAUAUUGAUUUCUAUGCUAACAAGUAUAAACAAAUUGGAUUCACUGGAGCAUUGAACUAUUAUCGAUCAAUAGACAGAAAUUGGGAGGUUACAGCAGCAUGGACAGGAGCUAAAAUACAAGUACCAGUAAAGUUUAUUGUAGGUGAUCUUGACAUUACUUACAAUGCUCCUGGUGCAAAGGAUUAUUUACACAAAGGGGGUUUCAAGAAACUAGUGCCACUCUUGGAGGAUGUUGUGGUAUUACAAGGUGUUGGACAUUUUAUACACCAAGAAAAGCCUAAAGAAAUUAAUGAACAUAUUUACAACUACAUUACAAAAAUUUCAUCCUAUAAAAAUCACUCCAUCUGUGCUAUUCUCUAGAUCAUUGAAUUAAUUUCCCUGCUUCAACUCAUGUACUAUUAUUUUUUUUAAGUGUGCAAAUAAGGGUGAUUGAUUAACCAGAUGUGAGCUUCGGUUUGUUGUUCUUUAUUGGAAUUGGAGUUUCUUGCACUUUUCUUUUGCGA